AGUCUACUACCUGCUGCUGCGUCGCGCGGUUGUGGAGUGCUCGCACUCACCGCGCCAUGGCUCCAGACUCAUCCACCUCCACCACGAACUCCCGCUUUCACAUGGAUUAUGAGACAAAGGUUUUCCCUCACACCGGCGGAUAUGGGCGCUACAACCGGAUCGUGGUUGUCUUCAGCUGGUUCCCAAACUUCGCCGUCAUGUUGAACUUGUUUAGCGACGUUUUCUACACCCUGAUCCCGGAGUCGUACCACUGCAAACCAGACCCGCAUCUCCUCCCUUCAACUUUCCUCCUGAGUAACUUCACCUCUCAGGGAUACCUGAACCUCACCAUCCCCUGGGUCAACGGGUCCGGGCUCAGUCACUGUGAGCUGUUCAAGUACCCACCCAACACCUCGGACUUCUCCCACAGUGUGGUCAGAGAGAGGGUGUCCUGCACCAAAGGGUGGGAGUACUCCAAUGUUGCAGGGCUCCAGAGCAACUUUGUCACUGAGGUAAGAGACUGUCAGGGUUCAGGUCUGUGUGGGUGUUUGGUUCGGGUGUGGAUCUCUCUGAGGACACAGUUUAAGGAGCUGAUCUGGAUCAAUUUAACGUUCGUGGAGCUUCCUGACUACACAGUGUGCUUACUGUGAUAUUUUAAAUUCCUGUUCUUCAAUCAGAAACUAUUUUCUCUCUGUUGUUCACGUUGACAACUAUUUUAAUUUGCUGGUCUGGCUCCAAGAGGGUGAUUCAAAACUGGAUUUGUUCCAGUUUCCGCUCAUUACAAGCAGUUUAUCUCUUUUGUACGGUGGCCGAGAACCGCCACUGUUGCUAAUAAAAAAGAAUGCUGAAAAAAAAAAAGAAAUUGAAGCCUGCUGCAAAUAAAAAAAGAAAUGGUGCAGAUGAAGAAAAAAAAUUUUAGAUAGAAGUUAAUGACGCAAAAAAAAGUGGCGAUGAAAAAAAAUUAAUUCCUGUGAAAAUAAAAGGGUGCAAAUAAAAAAAGCCACAACGGAAGUGAGCUGCCGGUGAACAAUAAUGAUGGUGCACUGGUGUUUUACGAUCUAGGCACAGAAGACGGCGGCGAGAAGAUGAGUAAAGAAGUUCGUGGAAAGGUUAUUGUUUAAUUUCCCUUCGUGUGCUUUUCAAUGUGGUUAGGCCAUGUAGCAUCUGAGUCGAUAUGAAGUUGAGCUGGAAGAUGCCGAUGUAGUGUUAGCAUCAGUUCAACUUCAUAUCAACUCAGGCGCUACAUAGCCCAACCAAAUAAACUGAAAAAUUUACGAAGCAAAAUUAAACAAUAACCUUUCCACUGACUUCUUUACUCGUCUUCUCGUCCGUCGUCUUCUGUGCUUAGAUCGUAAAACACCGGUGCAUCAUCAUUAUUGGUCUCCAGCAGCUUUGUUUUUUUUUUUUUAACUUUUGUUGUGGCUUUUUAUUUUUCAAUCUGCAGCAUUACUUUUUUUAUUUGCAGCGGGCUUCGGUUUCUUUCUUUUUUUUUUUUUUUUUUGCAUUGGUAACUUCCGUUGUAACUUUUUUUUUUCCAUUCUUUUUUAUUAGCUUUUUUGCUUUUUUUUAUAGCUGCACCAUUUCUUUUUUUAUUUGAAGCAGGCUUUGAUUUAAUUAUUAUUAUUAUUAUUAUUAUUAUUGCAUCGGUAACUUCUGUUGUGACUUCUUUUUUUUUGCAUUCUUUUUGAUUUGCUUUUUUUUUCUGCACCAUUUCUUUUUUUUUUUUUUGCAUUCUUUUUUAUUUGCAGCAGUGGUAGUUCUGGGCCACCUUCCUUUAGGGAUCAUGUGAGUCCAUGUCCAAGUUACACUAUUCAAACUCAGAGCUGCUUUCACUCUCAGUCAUCUGCUCUUUGGCACUCUGCUCUCCAGUCAGCAGCUCACAGCUCCACUUACGGCAUCUUAGCAAGUGUAUAAAACACUAUGGAAUUACUCAGCUGAAUUUAGAUCCUCCUUUUUUUUCAAGCCUCACCAUAGACAAACUCAGAGGAUAGCUCUCAAUGUGAUUACUUGUGCAGCUGCAUGUGAUGAUAAGCAGCAGGAACUGGUUUAUCUUCACUCCAGUCUGCUGCAUUGCACGUCCUCCAUUCAAGGAUCCAUCCCAGUUUGCAAAUAUUGAUAAUCACACGUGCUUAUGACAUCUGUUACAGCGCAACAUUAAGCUGCUCAGCAUCAGUUGUGUAAGGUUCACCGUCUCUCCCUCUUUGUCUUCAUGGAUUCUGCGGAGAGAAAAAAGGGGUCAACAAACAGGACAAGGUCAUUAUGGUUAGUUGGCCCCCCCAAGUCCUCCUCAGAGUAUUGUUCGUGUAAUCAUGAUGAUAGAUACUGGCAGAGAGGAAACUUCGACUCCAUUCCCCCUCAUCACAAGUUGUAGUACUGGGAAGUCUGAGGCCUUUAUGUUCCUUCCUGAGACCCUGACCACGUCCCUCCACAAUACCCGUUUCCUCCUCCAUGACGUUAUUCACCGAGGAAAAGGAACAAGGGAAAAACUGAGUACAUCUCUGUUUUGUUGAUCAAUCUGAAAUAUACGAGUUUGGUAGAAGUGCAGGACCAGAUCAGAGGAUUUGGUGAUGAUUUUUAGGUGGAUCUUGUUCAGACGUUCCCCACUUUUUUAUCAAUAAUUUCAUAUUUACAGACUUCACUCAUUCAGAUUUGAUUUAUUACAGUUUGUUUGAGAAUCUGCUAAAACUAGAGCACAAAUAUUUCUCUGUGGCUUGAAAACAGGUCUAUUUUUUUUAAUAACUGUCACCCUGUGAUGAAAAUCCUCGUUUAGGACCUCCAUUUUGUGAUUCUGCUCGGCAUAGUUUACACCGAGAAACUCGACACAAAAUAAUUGGGGUCCAGGAGUCAAGUUUGAAGUCCUCCUUUUUCUUCUUGAUAUAGCUUUUAAAUCCCUCGGUUCAAAUUUGUACUUUCCUGAUCUCUUUUAUUAAGUCGAAUGAACAACUGUUGCAUUGAUUUGUUGUGGUAGAUCUUGCUUUGAAUCUUUGUGUUGCUUGAGGAGAAGGUCCCAAAAGUCAUGAUGUCAUGCUGAUCCGGCAAGAAAGGACGCAGUCACUGAAGCUGAUUGUGACAAAUCUACCGUAUAACCUUUAAUGCUCAGUCAGGAAUCAGAAAUGAUGCUACAAACAUCAAUUUAUCUGCCCCCUUAAUCAUAAGUCUCUUCUGUUUCUACAUGGAAUCCCACACACAAAAUAAAUGUCAUGGCUGUGUUUGGUAAUUACUAUUUUCAAGUCCAACUUCAAAGUAAAAAAAAAAAAGGGAAUUUGCCAUUUUAAUGUAAAGUAUUAAGACCAUUUCUCCCCUAAUCUCAAUGCUUUGACUCAAACUUCCUUACAUACAGUCACUGUUAUACUAACCAGGCAAAGAGCUGCUGGUUCGUUCUACUUUGAGCCUCACUUUGUUGUAAUGUAAUAAAACUGUCAGCAGACAUCUUAACUCACUUAGAGGGAACAUGAUCUACAUUCUUCCUCACAGAAAUCUCUCUGUUUGAGACUUGCCUGCUCCUCUCAGCGUGUUGCAUUGUUAAAUGAGGAUAAGUGUUAGCAGCUAUUUGCUCCCGCACCUUUUCAGCCUUUUUGAGUAAGCGGCACAUGAUUAUUGGACCGUAAAACACUCCUCAAAGGAUUAUGGGUAUAAGCUGAAAUCACAUAUGUACUGCUGUUUCCUGUUGUGACAGACAUGUUGCUGACAAAGCUUAAAUACACGUGCCAGAUAUGAAUGAAUCAUCUGUUUUAGCUACUAAAGAUGAUUACACAUGCCAGAAAAAUGUUUUUAAGUUAUGUGAUGUUUGUGUCUUUUAGUGAAGGUCAUUGUGGCUUUCCUUCGUGGUGUCAAAGCCACAUGAGAGGAUAAAAGGCGGGGUUCGUUCAGGAAUGAAUGAAUGAGAUGUUUCUGUUUUUAAAACAAAAGUUGACCGGAAGAAAAACAAAACAAUUUACAUCCAUCGCUUUGUAGAAAAACUGUAAGAUCACCGCUCUCACGUCCAACUGAGGCCGUCGUAGGGCUGGGUGAUAAAACGCUAACCAUAUUUAUCGAAAAUUAAUUUCCCUCAAUAUCAACAUAAAAUAUGGUCAAUGUGCUUUUUGAUAGUCGGCAUUCUGCCAAAGUAGAGUAAUGUGCACUGCAAAUUAUGUCAAGUACAUGUUCUUGCAAAGUCGGGGUAUACCUCAAACCUUUUUCACCACCAGUGCUACACGGCAGGGCACAUGCAGUGCAAAAGGUUAUAAACCCAAAACAGAGCAGCUGAAACAGCUGACCAUUCAGUCCGCUUUCUGCUUUACGACAAAACGUCAAAGAGACACAAAGACCUCACAGAUGCAGUAGAUUAUUGUGUUGUAAAAGACAUGCUGCAAAUAAGCACUGUUAAAUUUCCUUUUUUAUAUUGUGAUAUAUAUAUCGAUAUCGACUGAUAUGAAAAAAUAUAUCAUGAUAAACUUUUUCCCAUAUCGCCCAGCCCUACGCUGUCGAUGAUGUAAUCUCUCUCUCAACUCUGCCCUAUAGAUAUAAACCACAUAGAUCAGAAAUACAAACGAUAAAAUACUGAAAUUCAAUCUAAAUCUCAGUCUCUUUCCUUUUACAACUUUAAAUUAUGGCCCCUACAAAGGGAUUACAUAUUUUUAAAUACCAGGAAAAAUAAAACAAAAUGAAGUAAUGAUGCAAAUAUUUCUAUUACGCUUGUUCCUUCGGUGCUGUAAAUCCUCAUCAUCACACAGAAACACUUUAAUGAAUCCCACUGGUUCUUCCCUUGCACUGAACAUAUCCACUGUAGUCUAUUUUUAUCUCUGACACACCAACUGCAGCUGUAAAUACUUCCUGCAACACCAAAUGUUCACUCGGCUCCUGAAAAUAGCCCCCAACAAAUGCACAGUGUACUUUUGUUUGGUCAUCCUUCUUCUAAAAGAGACACUGCACAAAUGUUUGAGCAAUUCGUACGUCUAUUCUAAGAAUCAGAGUAAAUAUUUGUGACCCUUUUUUAAGAUUAAAGCUGCAGGUGUGGAGCAGAGGGCUGGAGGCAGAGAACCACAGACGGAGUAGGGAAGUCAGCAGUUUAAUUUAGUCUAUUUUGUCCCUUUUUAACUUCAAAAUCAAAUGACAGUGACUUAUCUUCCAGAGGUCUCACUUUUGAGUUGAGUCAGUUCGUAUUGAGUUGUUGUUUAUUUUUCCUAGUCUCAGAAUAUGUCAAUGUAGGUCUCUGUUUUCCUUUACAGUGGAAUUUGGUGUGCAGUGAUUACUGGAAAAUCCCCCUGCAGCACAUCUGCUUCAUGACAGGGUGGAUUCUGGGAUACAUCUUCCUCGGUACAUUAUGCGACUGGUAAGUACCUAUCACGUUUUUUCUGGAAUGUUAAAAAUUCACUGAGUAAAAAAAAAAAAAUGUGCCUUUGACAUAUAAAAAAAGUUUCACAAGGUAAUCUGAUGCAAUUUGGCCAGUUAGCUUUAGUGGUAAUGAGGUUGAAGUUAUUUUACACCAACUUUCCGAUGACGUCUGCUGCUAAUAAACAUAAUAAGAAAAAAAUAGUUUUGAGGUAAAAGUUUAACGGCCUCUGGUACCCUUGUGUCUGAAAAAUUGACAAAAAUAAAACAUUAUGAAUGCCCUCUCUGGUGGCCUUUUCAUGGAAAAUGUGUAAAAAUUGCUUUAGUUGCAGUGGAUAACCCCCCUCCUGAAAAUGGAUGAUCUUCCAGUAACAAAAACAUGCAAAAGUGCUCUCUCAAUGCACUUCCAGGAGCAAUAAGGUUAAAAAAGUGUCCUGUAAUCGCCCUACCAAUGAAUAAAAUGUACACGCCUAUUAUGCCAUAAUGCCUAUUUGGUAAUUUACCCUUGUUCUGCAGUAUGUGUGGGGUUAACCUGCAAGUUUUUGGGGCCAAGUUUAACACUCAUAUUUUUUUUCUUCAGAGUUAAACCAGUUUAUUCUAUCAUUUGAUUUAGAAUAAUAGAAAUAAAAGACAACAUUUUACUAGAAUGUGAGCUUCAUGUGGGAAGUAUCAUACAUUUUUUGACAUCAUGAAUAAUUUUGUGUAUAUAAAUAUAAUAAAUAAUCCCCAGAAUGCAGGGAAUGAAGAGUUAGAUGCUGAAAACUUCCUGAGGGCAGACUCACCAGAUCCCCUUCUUAUUAAUCUUACUUUACUCUGUCUAAAAAAUAAUGUUCCAGUUGUGUAACCUCGAGGCUAGCUACUGUCUAGGGUCUCCAAAAUACAUUCUUCACCAGCCCAAUAUUAUUGCGACAGAAUAGAUGGGUUCUGUGGUGCAACAAACUCAUGAUCACUGACAGAAGAGAGUUCACAAAAUGGUCUUUAAACCGCUUGACUGUGUCACUGAAUCAAAGUCAGAACUCCUGAGCACGUGCAGCUUUUUUCAAUCAUUAGAAACAUCAAACAGAACCACCGAGAGGUAAAGUAGGAGCAAAUGGGGAAAGUUAUCGCUUCAUAUAACAGACUUGGUUUGGUGAUGGAAACAAACGUUUAUUUUACUUCAACUUGAAAUUGACACUCAAGAGCUUCAUGAUUACACUCGUGCAUGAAUGUACACGACUUAAAAUCACAGUGUGGUGUGACUGUUAUUGUGUGUUUUUCAGGUUGGGUCGUCGCAGAGUUUUUCUCCUCUCCCUCAGUUUGUCCAGUCUGUUCGGGGUGGCCGUCUGUUUGUCCAACAGCGCUGUGGUGUUUCUGCUGCUACGCCUCUGUCAAGGCGCCAUGCUUGCUGGGGUGUUUGUAGCCUCGUACAUCGCCAGUGAGUACGAUAAACCAUGACGUACAACUGUGUGUUCACUUUACUGUAGGUUUCUUGGAGGUUAAAACUAUAAAAUUCUUCUUCCAAAUCUGGCCACACAUCCUUAAUUUAAAUAUAUGGAGAGAUUUUGGACUCCCUGCCUUGAGUCCCUAAGUCAUUUACUGGUGCGGUGUUGUGCUGUAUGAAUGUCGUGUUUUAGUUAAACUUUUUCCCAGUUUUCUUUUGUAAAAAAAAAAAACUUAACAUGUACAGUAAUACAAAUAAUAAGAAAGCACAAUAGAAGUGAACUGAGUGAAAACACGAAAAUAAGAGGAGGCUAGAAAAAUAUUAAAAUGGAUUGUGCAUGUAAUCCAUUAUCAAUGUUCAAAGUUGUGUAAAUAUCUGAGAGAUAAAGUUGUUGUUUUAUUUUAGCCACAAACAAUCUUGCGUUAUGUAAAUGUUACGUAAUAUUCAGUUCAGUAAAUUAUGCCCUCGUGAUUUCCUUCCUGGUGUAAAAUGCUGUCACACUGGAUGCUUGCGAGUCCAUUCUUGAGUUUGUGUUGAAGUAAAAAGAGUCACUCAGUAGACGCAGUUUAGGAGUUAUAAAUACAGGGUGAAAUUGAUUCAGAUUGUAAGAUAAAAACUGGUAAAAACUUUCCUACAGUGUCUCAUCAGCGAACGAUCAAACCUCUAAAGAUAAAAAAAGCUCAGUUAUGUCCUGACCGGAACAGAUUAUAAAGCAUGCCUGUCUUACGAUCAUUCCCUGAUUUGAGGACACAUACGACAGCUUUUAGAAGUUAGAUCUUCGAGUAACCUUCGGUGGUUUUAAUCAGACAGGGGACAGAACAUCCAGAACAAAUGAGAGUCAUCAUUCCCAUUUUUCUUUGUAGUAUUUCGUGUUUAUUUCUCGUGGUACAUGAUAAAUUAGCAAAAAGGAUUAACAGUCAUGACUUGUUAAUGAUAAUAUACAGCAGAUCAAUGUUUUUGGAGGGUCAUCUAAGUUCCCAUCCUUCUUUAAAGACUCCUAUUUUGUCUUAUCUUUGUUUACAAGGUUCUGACUGUUGCUGAUAAAGAUACAGAUAGUUUAAUUACAGGGAGGCACGUAACAGAAACCCCUCUCUGAUGAAAUAGAGAAUAAAGAAAUUCACUUUAGAGGCCAGUUAGUUAAACUUGUAAGACAGUGGAUGUCAAAAAGACUAAACUCCUUAAAGCUAAUAACAGGGUGUAUCUGUUAACAACACAGUCAAACAAUCUCAUGUUGUGAUAAUAGCUGCAGAGUUAACGGUUGCAAACAGGAUCUGACUUCACGUCGCACACGGUAAUUUUGACAAACGAAGUGCAGGAAAUGUUUGAUUAUACACUGCAUUGUGUCCUCUGCAUCCCUGGUGUGUUUCAAGGCUGUUUGCAUCCUGCGCGAGAAUAGCCGACCCUACUACAGUGUGCACAGUACUAUGCAGAAGAGAUCAUGUGGUAGAGGGUAAUAUGGCAGUGCAUGAAAAGUUAGAAAUCUCGUCAUAAUUUCUCCUCAAAAUCUGAAUGUGUGAACUUGAAUCAGUGCUUCAGGUGUGUUUAUGACGGAUUGUAGAGCAGUAUUUCACUGAGCUCUGAUUGACAGCAGGCAGCUGGUUGGUUUUUCCUCCCUCCUCCUGCUCAGCUGUUCUCCUGAAGGGGUCUCAUAUUUAUAACUGCACCCUCAGUGCUGAAUCUCAAGCCCUCUCUCUCUCUCUCUCUCUCUCUCUCCAGCGUGAAUGUCUUUGGAUGAGACAUCUCUGGCUGGUAGGGGCACAUACUUAUCUAAUACAGGGAGUUUUUUUCCUGGAACUGUCUUAGACAAGAGUGAGAGAGCGCAGGAGGGUAUUUCCAUUCGCAUGUUUAGAAACAUUACACACUCCUGUGCAGGAGGGAAUGAUACUAGGUACAUUCCUGCAAGGUCAGGUCUAGAUUGAGUCCAGAUUUUGUUUUGUUUAGGGUUGGACGGGGUAGGACGAGGGCCCAGGAGAAUUUUUUCUCAAUAAUGUCCUGCCAGCACAGCUCCUCUUCAGAGAGAGGCGAAAACAAUAACAGGACAGAGCUCGAGGCAAGAAAAUGAACAGGAAGUGAGCGCCUCGUUUUCCCUCCUUUCCCCCGCCUUCCUCCCGGGGCUCAGGGUGGAAAGAGGUCAAAGGUCAGGAGAGGCUCACACAGCUGGUCCCUCUCCCAGACAAGUUUACAUCAGUAUAUGAGAACUCUACCCCUCAGCAGCUCAGUCCAAGCCUGCUGAACCUUUCAUUUAGGACUUUCAGAGAUAAGCGAACCUUUGACCGACUUUCUGGGUCUGUUCCAGGUUUUCAAAAAUGACUCUCAAAGAAGCAUCUUUAAAGAUUCAAAGGGCAACUGUUGACAUCUGAAUCAUCCAACAAAAUCAUGUCCUACACCGUACCAUCACGGUCGCCUUGUGUGUAAAGAGCUUCAUGCCCUCACAGGAAAUGCAUUAGCUUUGCACAGAUCUAUUAGCUUUGCUCCAGCCUUGUGUUGAUGCUGUUUGGUUCCCCUCUCUCUCUCUCUUUUCCCAUCACUCUCUCAGGGUUGGAGUUAUGUGACCCUCCUCAUCGUCUCAUGGUUGCCAUGAUCAGCGGCGUCUUUGCCGUAUUCGCAGAGCUGCUGUUGCCGGGCAUAGCUGUCCUGUGCCAUGAUUGGCCUAUUCUCCAAGCUGUGGCCACUUUGCCUCUGCUCCUGCUGCUCUCCUAUUGGUGGUGAGUCAUGUGGAGGAGCGUGUAUGUUAACCACAAAAUGUGUGUUAAUGAGGCAUCAAAGGCGGUUUAUUUAUUUGUAUUGGCACUCAAUUUACCACACUCUUUAGUAGUGCAACUUUACUCACAUGUCAUAAAGCUUUUUAAUCGAUAAUUGUGCUUGUAAAAUUUCACACUUUCAUUUAAGAAAUCACAAUUAGUCCCAGAUAAGAAAACAGUCAGCUCUUUGAGAACUGAAAAGAAAUAAUAGAUAAAUAACAUUAUAUAUGAGUAACUCAACUACAUCUGCACAUUGAGCCAAUGUUACAGAAUUUAAGCUUGUGUUCUUUGGGGUGCCAUUUGUAAAGCUGCUCAUGCUGAAAAUAAAAUAAACAUUUUGUGACAUUUAGCUUCUGAAAGUCACUUUUUAGCACAUUUCCAACAAUGUGCUAACUUAGAAAUAUACCAAACAUGUAAAUCUAAAUAUUAAAUCUAAAUACUAAAUCAAGGUUAAAUCUUAAUCAAAAUGUUAAAUCUAAAUCUAAAUGCUUAAUGUUGAAUCUAAAUCGGAAUGUUAAAUCUAGUUAUAAAAGACAAAUCUAAAUGUUAAAUCUUAAUAAGAAUAAGAAUAACUUCAUUAAUCCCCGAAGGAUUAAUGCUAAAUCUAAAUGUUAAAUCUAAAUACUAAAUUCAAAUGUUUAAUCUAAAUAUAUAAAUCAAAAUGUUAAAUCUGAAUCUAAAUGUUAAACCCUAAUCUUAAUGAUAAACCUAAUUUUAAAUGUUAAAUCUAAAUGUUGCAGGUGAAAUGAAAUAUUUAGCUAAUAUACAAAUCUAAAAUGCCGGAACCUAUCUAUGUCAUCUAUGUCGAAGAGUCAAUGGGCUCUAUUUUGGUGCCUCGCCGGAGACGUGCCGCAAGCGCAGCGUCAGUCAGAUCCGCCGCGCUGACAAGGCGUUCCCAAGCACAUUUUGGUAUUUUGGUGAGCCGCGCAGCCCGGCGUAAGUAUCCCCCCUCCCUAACUCAGCUCCUCCCAGCACCAUAAGUCGUAACGGGGAGGAGAAAGGGCGUGAAGUCGGUUUAACACAGCCGAGACCUGUUUUCACCAAUCACAUAGGCUCCUCUCCUUGCCUUUAAAUCCGCCACAGGCGAGGCGUAUUACUAUUUUCAUGAAGUAGUCAAAGAGAUCAAGAGAUGUCUUAAGACAGUAAUGCCACAAGAUGGCGACAGAGGGCAGCUCCUCAACAAGUGUCCUCCACACUCUCUCAUAUGAGCACAGAUGGAUUUAGUGUGCGUAAUGUUGGACCCACUGGUAAGACAAACACCCUUUUCCACAAAUAAAGACACUCACAUAAAGUUGCUCAUAUUCAAACCUCACGAAACAAAGGUGGGUUGAGCGCACAGAUCACAACAUAAACUCCAAAAAUGGCAUUAAAAUCGGAACCAUCUGUGCGUAAAUGACGCAUCGCGCUCCGUGGCCUGGCUCUUUCUUUCAUAGAUGUUGGCAUAUAAAAUAAAUUUGGCUCACAAAACUGAAUAUUAUAAUAUCUGUAUGUCGGCUUAAAGUAGAUAACGCAUCUGAGCACUGAAACAAAUCAUCUGUUCAGCUGCAGCAGCAGCAAGACGGACAGAGGACACGGAGACGUGUCCAGGUCGAGCUGUGCGAGAAAUAAGAGGAAGAGGAAGAAAGAAAAGGAGGGAGACGAAUUACAUAUCUAGUUAACUUCAUCAUGUGUGUUUAUUUACUAGAUAUUUAAUUUAAUUUUAUGCGGUUUCAGCUGUGUUGAUUCGGUCAGGUUAUGUGUCCAAACGCGUGCCAAACGCGCUCAUCAGAUCACAUAUAGAUCAGAAUAUAUCGAUAUAGAUCUAAAUGUAUGUGCUGACUCAGAUUAAUAGUUGAUGAUGAUUAUUUAUUGCACUGAAAUGUGCCUGACACUGUGGAAACCUGCCGGUGAGGCAUCAGUGACGUAUGUCGAUACGCCGCCGGUCUACCAAAAUACUACUAGACCAGCUGCGUUCCGCCUUGCGCUGAAAGCUGACCAGGUUUGAAUCGGCGAGCUUUCAGCGCACUUUACACGCCGUUGGCGAGCACGAAAAUGUCACUGCGCCAGCUGAUUCUGUCGACACCUCCCCCUGCCACACCACCACGCCCAGCUUGGCGGAUCUCGGCUCGCCUCCGUGCGGCUCAUGCCACGAAAAUACCAAAUUGGCCUUACGCUGGGCUCCGCCAGACGAAAAUACAACUGCGCGGGGCUCGCCGCCCUCCGCCGCCUCACCGGCGCGAACGAAAAUAGAGCCCAUUGUCUUCAGAUAAGACCGUUUUUUAUUCAUAAUUUCACACUAAAAACAGACUCUAACUUCCACCAGCUUUUAUUUUGGUACCUCCGGUUACCAGCAUUUUGAAUUUGCAUAUUAGCAAAAUAUUUAGUUUCACCCUAAACAUUUUAAAUUUUACAUUAAGAUUAAGAUUUAACAUUAAGAUUUGGUGUUUAGAUUUAACAUUUAGUUGCAACAUUUAAUAUUUAUGAAUGUGCUAAAAAGUGACUUCCAAAAACUUGCACCACUUUUUAAAACAGAGUUUGAAGCUAAAUUUGACAAAAUGUCGCUGUUAUUUUCAGCAUGAGCAGCUUUACAAACGGCACCCCUUCGUGUUCCUCCUCUCUCUCUCUUUGCAAAUGUUCAACAGAGUGUUUGAAUGUUGGAGCUCUCUAUCUCUCUGAGAUAUGAUAACUCUGUGUUUUUCUUUUAGCUGUGCUUCAGUGUUUCCUGAGUCUCCUCGCUGGCUGCUGGCCACAGUUCAGAUCCGGGAGGUGAAGAGGAGCUUACAGGAGUUCUCCACCAGGAACGGUGUUUGUCUACGAGAUGAGAUCUACCCCGGUGAAACUCUUCUGUCAGGUAAACACCAAAAAUCUCCAAACUUUCAAGUCUCUCCACCCCUUAAUUCUGCCAUUGAUUGUCACAAAAGGUCAAUUUGAUCUGACUGUACAAUACAUGAAUAUUUCUUAUUUCUAGACCAGUGUAAAAAAAAAGAAACGCACUGGUCUAGAUAUAUUUUCUCAUUUGAAAAUGUCAGUGAUAAGACGAGGGACACGGGGGUCUAUUGUUUGAAGGUUCUACAUGCAAAUAGUCUAAAGGGUUAAAACAGGAAUAGCCCCUUCUGUUCACUUCACACCUGACCACACCUUAAGUCACUGAUGGGUGUGGUUAGACGUCCUCUGUUUAACCAAAUCAAAUAGUGAUGUGUUAGCGUGUUAGACUACGCCUUGUCCUCAGAGUGAAAAGUCAAACCUCUGGAGGUCAGGAAAGAUCAAAAACUUUUAAAAAGUUUCUCCUCUAAAGUCUGAGAGCCAAACUAAGUCAAAAAAUGGUCAAUAUGGCAUCAAUAUCUUUUUAUUUGUAUUAUUAAUUUAUAUGUUUUGGUUCCUCAUCGUUACUAAAAGAGAGUCACUGUACCUUUUGGAAUCCAAAUGUUGAUUCAUUGCAGUUCUAAUGUCUGCUCUAUAAAUAUAAACCUCCCUACUGGUGGAUUACACAACUACGCCAAAUUCUCCACAUGGGUUUUAACUUCCCUGUGUUCACAGAGAUCGACUCUGUGUACAGUGAAGACUGCCAGCCCAUGUAUUUUUCCGUCCUGGAGCUGCGGCGCACCCGUGUCAUCUGGAAGAACUGCCUCAUCCUCAGCUUCACACUGUGAGUAGACAUGCUCGACACGCUGGUUUAAUCAACAGGGAAAAUUUAGCAUCAGAUCUGUCUUUUAGAGAGUUGACAUUUUCGAUGUGUGCCGUCUAACUGUCCGCUUCUUUCUCCAGGUUCAUCGGAACAGGAAUCCAGUACUGUUUCACCAGAAACCUGCACAGCUACUCCACAAACUUCUACUUCAGCUACUUCCUCAGAGUCAUAACCGGAGCUCUGGCCUGCAUCUUCAUCUGCGUGUCUGUCAAUCAUUUUGGUCGGCGCGGUAUUCUGCUGCUCUCCGCCAUCAUCACGGGACUGUCGUCGCUGCUGCUGCUUGCGCUCACUCAGUGUACGUCACAGCAACACGUUUUCUUCACAAUAUUCUACUUUGUGUUUUGAGAUGAACAUAAUUGGAGAUAGAAAUACAUCCAGUUUAUGAACCAAUAACUGAGAUGACUGAUAUAAUACAGCUUCUUAAAGUAGAACCUGAAAUAAAGAAGAUCAGAUUAAAAUGAACAUGUUGCUUUUUCAUACAUCAGAUCUGCGUGGAGGACUGGUGUUGGUGCUCUCUGUUGUGGGUCUGCUUUUCUCUCAGGCUCUCGCCAUGCUCAGUGUGUUCUUUGCCUCCGAGGUGAUGCCGACUGUGGUUAGGUAAGUUACAAAGUGCCUGAAGUGAUUAAUCUUUACUUUUCUUUUCCCUAAUGUCAAAAGAAAUAAAGAAAAGUAUUUUUUUGUUUGUGAAGUGUCUGUUGAAUGCUGCUCAGAUUAGCCCCUUCAAAAGCAUAUUUUACUUCUUAUUUGACGUCAGUAACUUCAGUGCUUUUAGGAAUUUUCUAGCUUUUUGGAUUAAUGUAAUUAUAUUUUUAAAAGCACUGAAAUUCAUAAUAUUACAGCACAAGGUAUAAAUAGACGUCUAAUCAAUAUGUCCUUCCUCCUCUCCUCUCCUCUCACUCUCAGAGGUGGGUGCCUCGGUCUGGUGUUGGCAGCAGGUUGUGUCGGCAUGGCCGCCUCCUCCCUGAUGGAGCUCCAGAACAACGGCGGCUACUUCCUCCACCACGUCAUCUUCGCCUCCUUCGCCGUCCUUUCCGUACUUUGCAUUAUGCUCUUACCUGAAAGCAAACGCAAGCAGCUUCCGGAUUCGCUGAAGGAAGGUGAGAGCCAGCGGCGGCCUCCCCUCUUCCUGUCCCGGCCUGACAGAGACAACCUGCCGCUGCUGUGUGCUCGGCCUCCUCUAUCAGAGUACAACCCGGAUAACUAUUCCCGCCUGGUCUCUGCCACCAGGAAGAUGUUGACUAAAGAUAAUUUGCCCUAUAGGAUCGCUGUGCCAUCACAACCCCCUCUGCUGUCAGACAGCGACACACAAGACCGGGAGAAUGACAGAUUGAAAGAGGUGGUGUCCUAGCCUUUUACCGUCUUCAUCCUUCUUUAUACAGACUUGGAUUAUCCCUCCUCUCCUUUUACACAUACCUCUACAGCACAGUUUACCAUCAUCCUACACCUUGUUAUUGUCUGGGUAUCAGGCUCCUGAUAACUGAGCUGAAGAACUGGUUGUAAAUAUUACCAUAAAUGCUCCCAGUCUGUUACUUUCAUCAAGAUAUCUGUGUCUUCUUGUUAAUAGUUUUUGGAUUUGAAGCUGUGAUUGUGUUGUGGCAUUUUUCUCUUGUGAAUUCAGAUAAUGCACUGAAAAACAAAGGCCUUAUUUAAUUCUUUCUUCUCAGUUGAACCAAUAAGAAACAAAAGUUCCUGUAAAGUAUCACACUCUUUCAAACUUGAGCCAAGACAGAAAUGGUCCCACUGCUCGGCUGUGUCGAAGCAUUAAUACCGGACUGUCAGAUACCAAUUUCAGCCGUGGAGCACACUGAGCAGUGCUGCAGCUGCAGGUCAUGUGAGCAGCAGCCUUUUGUCCGUUUAUUAGAAACUCAUGCUCUUCAUUUCUCCGGAGCUGUCAGUCUGAUUCAGCGGCAGUGACCCAGUGUGGAGAGGAUCCCGAGGAGCAGCAGAGCACACACCGCUGACUAACACUGUUGUUGUGGGAGUCUUGUGUCAUACUUUUGCUGCACGCUAGAGGGCGCUAAAUGAAGCACUGGUCGUUGAAUAAGGUGACAGAUAUUACCUUAGAGGAGUACUGUAUGAAGCUUUUUUUAAAGCUGAAAGUAGCUGAAGAAUUUACAAAAAUAUGAACCACUGUAGUUUACAAACACAGAGUUAACCCCUAACUGUCUUAUAGAGAUUUCUCCAUCUCUGUUAUUCUAAAAAAUGUGAAAACUGCUUCAAUCCUUCAGUGUUUCAAUUUAACCUUGAGGUAUUGUUAUAUAUUUAGAUUUCUAGAACACCUGCCUAAUAACAGCUGAUGUUUUCCUGUGAAAUAUUUCUGUGUAUCUCAUAUUUCCCACUUUGCGAUGAGGAGAGUCUGCCUGAAAGUGCCUUUACAUCGUGUACGGUAAAACAGCUGAAAAGAUGAACUUCUUAUAGCUGCCACUUCCAAAAAUGUUCUUAGUCAAUGUGUAGUUGAUGGAUUUUGUGUUAAGUGAGGGUCUUUUAUCACAUUUGUAAAUGUUUCGACUCUGUUUUCUUGACUGUCCUCGUCCUGUCAACUGAAAACCUUCACAGCUAAGACAAACUCAGAUUACAACAUGGAUUUAAAUGUUCCUAUCCUGAAGAGGAGCAUCUUUGCAAAUGAUUUCAUUACAUGCAAACCAGAGAAGCUGGAGCUUCAAAAAUGCCUCUCAGUGGUUUUGUAUUUUCUUUUUUUGGACAGUAGAUGGAGCUGUUCUCCUUUAUACAUGGACUUGUACUGUACUACCCUGUGAAAUUCAGAAUACUGAUGUUAAAGAAAAUGUUUAUUCGUGCUUGUCUUUGCAUUCAGGUUACACUUGUGUGUGUUUUUUUUCAUUUGUCAUUGUUUCAAGAGCAGCUUUUUUUCCUGAGAGCCUUUUUGGGGGCCGUUAAAUAGCCAGAGGUUCAAUAAACUCAACUUGGUCCAGUAUCAUCAACAGAGA